AUGGCGCUGAGAUCCGAAUUUAACGGCACCUCUGCGCCCACCGCCGACUCCAAUGGAGUCGCCUCGAGAGCGCAACCGGUGCUGAAUGGCCGCCCAGCUCCCAACCAACUUCCACGAUCUGACGACGACGAUGAUGACCAACGACCCUCAAGCGCGCCAGGUCGACGCAACGGAAACGCGGUUCUCGAAACACGAGAUGACAUUGAGCAUCACCAGCAACAGCGGCCUUCGAAGCCAUUGCUACUCCGGUCCAAGAGCGACUACGCGCGGCCCAUGGACGAACCAGAGAUCGUGAAGGACGAUAUACCCGAAUGGGGCGCUAGGCACGGCUUCGAGGAUCACUACCAGUCCGAGGACAUAAUAUCAGACCUGGCUAAUAAUUGGUACAUGUACUUCACCGAUAAACGACACGAGACGACAGGCAAACCCAAGCCGCUUCAAUAUGAGCUUCAAGACUGGCGACAGAGAGACAGGCUAAAGACAGUCUCUGCGGCCCUCGCAGUGUGUUUGAACAUCGGAGUCGAACCACCCGACCAGCUCAAGACGAGCCCAGGCGCGAAGCUCGAGGCCUGGACGGACCCGACGAUCCCGCCCAUCCAGAAAGCUCUCGAGAACAUCGGCAAAGCACUACAGGCGCAGUAUGAGACCUUGGCGAUUAGAGCCCGCUACAAGCAGUAUCUGGACCCUUCGGUUGAAGAAACGAAAAAGUUCUGCAUCUCCUUGCGUAGAAACGCCAAGGAUGAACGUGUUUUGCUUCACUACAACGGCCACGGCGUGCCCAAGCCGACCGCAUCAGGCGAGAUCUGGGUAUUCAACAAGAACUACACCCAGUACAUCCCCGUCUCGUUGUACGAUUUGCAACACUGGCUGCAAGCCCCUACCAUCUUCGUUUGGGACUGCUCCGAGGCUGGCAACAUCCUCAACAACUACCAUCGAUUCGUCGAAAAGCACGAGGAGGAGGAGGAAGAAGCUGCCGAGCGUGACCCCAACUACACAAAGACCAACUUCCGGCCAUACAUCCAUCUGGCUGCAUGUGCCGUCAAGGAAAACCUUCCGACGAAUCCUCUCUUGCCGGCUGACCUCUUCACGGCUUGUCUCACAACACCCAUUGAGAUGGCGCUCUGGUUCUUUGUCCUUCAGAACCCACUCAAGACCAACCUCAGCCCAGACCGAGCCAAGAAGCUCCCUGGCCGCCUACAGGAACGACGAACACCAUUGGGCGAGCUGAACUGGAUCUUUACGGCCAUUACUGACAGCAUUGCGUGGACAACCCUUCCUCGCGACCUCUUCCGCAAGUUCUUCCGCCAGGAUCUGAUGGUGGCAGCUCUAUUCCGCAACUUCCUGCUCGCUCAACGCGUUAUGACUGUGUACGGUUGUCAUCCACAGUCUUACCCACAGCUUCCAGACACUCACCAGCACCCUCUCUGGGAGACUUGGGAUCUGGCUGUCGACAUGGCUCUGGCUCAGCUCCCCAUGCUGGAGAAGAAGGAGAGCGAGGGUCUCGACUACGAGUACCAGAAUUCGACAUUUUUCACAGAGCAACUCACUGCUUUUGAUGUCUACCUGACGAGAGGCGACGCCAUGGCCCAGAAGUCGCCUGACCAGCUACCCGUCGUUCUCCAAGUACUGCUUAGCCAGCAGCAUCGAGUUCGCGCACUCAUUCUACUUGGCCGGUUCCUUGAUCUGGGCCCCUGGUCGGUACAGCUCGCUCUGAGUAUCGGCAUCUUCCCCUAUGUCCUGAAGCUUUUGCAGUCUGCGGCUGCCGAGCUCAAGCCAGUGAUGGUCUUCAUCUGGGCACGACUCAUAGCAGUAGAUAUAUCAUGCCAGCAAGACCUGAUUAAGGAUAGCGGCUACAGCUACUUUGCCCAGAUUCUCAAACCCUCGGAGGGGCUGCCAGUUGUCGAUAGCGACGAGCACAAGGCCAUGUGCGCCUUCAUCCUGGCCAUGCUCUGCAAGGACUACAAGAACGGCCAGAUGGUUUGCAACCAGACAGACAUCAUGACCUACUGCUUGACACAUCUGCAGAACGAGGAGAACCCACUUUUGCGACAAUGGGCAUGCCUGUGCAUAAGCCAGCUGUGGCAGGAUCUCCCCGAGGCUAAAUGGCGUGGAAUCAGGGAGAACGCCUACGUCAAGUUGGCCUAUCUCACAAAGGACCCCUGCUCCUAUGAGCAACUGGUAGAGGAGAAAGAGUAUCUAAUGUACCCUCCUCAGGAUGACGGCCAGGAGCACAAAAUGGGCCUCCAUUACGCCAGGCCUGAACACCGUAACCAGGACGGAACGAUCAAGUCGACCUCCCAGGGCUUGUCUCACAACACUGUCUACAUGGCGCUAUGGAAACUGGCGCUGGUGCUCAGCGUGGAUCCUCACCCCGAAGUGCAACGAGAGGCGACCAUCGUGGUUGACUUCGUUCACCACACCCUCCUCAACUCGAGUGUUGGCGCCCCAGCACAGCUAGUCAUGGCUGAGAUCCAGAAGCGUGCUUCGAGGUUGGCACACCGUCACACACCCAGCGCCAGUCAACGGACAAGCGCCGCGAACGCUCAAGUUACGCAACCAUUGCCUUCCCCUGGACUGCUCCGUAGGACUGCCAGUCUCCUAUUCCCUUCGUUGAUGAACACCGAGGACAGGUCAAGACCAUCAACGCCGACAACACCAACUCCACCGCUUCCUCGAUCACCCUCGCUGAAGCUCACGCAUAGUCCCGUACCACCUGAACAGAAUGAUCAAUCAUCGUCAUUUGCACAAUAUCAUCUCGCUCCUGAACCCUACUCCGGCGCCUACCAGAAUCGAAACUUGGCAAAGCCCCCAACCCUUCCGCUCAAGAGCAGGUUCUUAGAAUGGUCGAUCGAGUACUUCCGCGAGCCACAAAUGAAGCCAAGUGAGGCGGACGAGCCCGGAAGCACCGAGUACAACGAGCGUCUCUGGCGAAGAGCUCGCAACGAGGCUAUCUUCCGAGAGACUCAGCCAUUGAAGCAACAAGCCGGAAGUCAUAAGUGGAACAACCAGCUCGGUAUCGUUAACAACGGUGCUCAGCCCGCCAAGAUGACCUUCCACCAGUUUGAGGAUCACCUUGCUGUAGCCGAUGAAGGUAAUACCGUCUAUGUGUGGGAUUGGAAGAAACAGGGCCGCUUGAGUCGAUUCAGCAACGGAAACCCAGAAGGGUCCAGGAUCAGCGACAUGAAGUUCAUCAACGAAGACGACCAGGCGAUGCUUCUGACGGGCUCCUCGGACGGUGUGAUCCGGGUAUACCGCAACUACGAGUCCGACAGAGAGAUUGAGCUUGCGUCGUCUUGGCGCGCCCUGACACACAUGGUUCCCAGCAACGUCAAUUCAGGCAUGGUGUUUGACUGGCAGCAGGUGACGGGCCGAGUCCUUGUUGCUGGUGAUGUCCGAGUGAUUCGAGUCUGGUAUGCGGCGUACGAGACCUGUAUCAUGGACAUCCCAGCGCGGUCUGGGUCGUGCGUAACAUCAUUGACUUCGGAUCAGAUGACGGGACACAUGUUUGUUGCCGGCUUCGGAGACGGAGCUGUACGAGUGUUUGAUACCAGAAAUCGACCUCAAGAGUCCAUGGUGCGCAAGUGGAAGGAUGAGUCAGAUCGGCAAUGGAUUAAGAGCGUCCAUAUGCAGCGCGGAGGUCAGCGGGAGCUCCUGAGCGCGAGCCGAAACGGCAAGGUCAAGGUGUGGGAUAUUCGCAUGGACAAGCCUCUGCAUUCUUUCCAGACAACACGAGAUACUCUUCGGACCGCGACCACGCAUGAACACCUGCCGGUCUUUGCUGUGGGAACGUCAGCCCACUCGGUCAAGGUCUUUAACCUCGACGGCCAUGAGCUCUCCAACGUUGAGCCAUACUCAAGCUUCCUGCAGCAGAGCCGAAGCUCGCCCAUUUCGGCGACGGCAUUCCACCCCCACCGACCCAUCCUGGGGUGCGCCGCUAAGGGCGACCACCACAUCAACCUGUUCACCUGCGAGAAGUCUGAGCCGCUGUCCCUGGGCUAGCGACCUUGGGCCCGCCGGUUAGGCCUCUCUUGAUGCGCUGAGGGGAGGAGGACAUGGUGGACGCAGUUUGAUACCCAGAUGGAGGAGGAGGCUGGAGAGACGGCCACGCAAAAGGCGUGGCGAGGGUCCAGACGGACGGUAAUUCGUGCUCUGCAUAGGCUGCAUAUCAUAUCAUAUCAUCCGGGGUUUCGUUUCUAAUACGGGCGUUCAGGGGCAAGGUAAGCGAGGCGAGGGGAGGCUGCGUGUUGACAGCGAUUCUACUAAUUGACGGACAUGUUUGUCCGGAGCGGUGGCCUCGCAACGGAGUGAUGAGUUAGACGGGGGAGGCGAUUCAGGAGAGGUGUACGAUAUUCUUAAUGCGCAUUGCCGAGUUGAUUGAUGGCGUUAGAAGAUUAAUGAUUAGGGAAUAGCCAAAUUCAAGCUCAGGUUGAAGAUGUCAAA